UUCCGGAGCCACGAGGGCACCGCUAAUUGACAGUUGAUCGGACCAAUAGGCCGCCAUCUGAGACCAGUGACGUCAUAACGGGCGGGAUAUCCGCAGCGGUAAAGCUCGAGCUAAUAACAUGGCGAAGACUUACGACUACUUGUUCAAACUGCUUUUAAUCGGCGACUCCGGGGUGGGGAAGACGUGCGUGCUGUUCAGGUUUUCGGAGGACGCCUUCAACUCGACGUUCAUCUCCACUAUAGGUAUUGACUUCAAGAUCAGAACAAUAGAAUUAGACGGGAAGAAGAUCAAGCUACAGAUAUGGGAUACAGCAGGACAGGAGAGAUUCAGGACAAUCACAACAGCCUACUACAGAGGAGCCAUGGGCAUCAUGCUUGUAUACGACAUCACCAACGAGAAGUCCUUUGACAACAUCAAGAACUGGAUACGAAACAUAGAAGAGCACGCCUCUGCAGACGUGGAGAGGAUGGUCCUUGGUAACAAAUGUGACGUCAAUGACAAGCGACAGGUGUCGAAAGAAAGGGGAGAGAAGCUGGCCCUGGAGUACGGCAUCAAGUUCAUGGAGACCAGCGCGAAGGCCAACAUCAACGUGGAGAACGCCUUCUUAUCCCUCGCCCGAGAUAUCAAAGCAAAGAUGGACAAGAAGCUGGAGGGCAACAACCCCCAAGGCAGCAGUCAAGGAGUGAAGAUCACGGAGCAGCCCAAGAAGAGCAGCUUCUUCCGCUGCUCGCUCCUGUGAGCUGUCAUCGGCAUCCACCAUCAAUCGCCUUAACUUUUGUCCUCCCCCCGCCACUGGACAGAACUGGACAGAGACGGCUCAGAUCUCUCCUUUAAAACGUCUUAACCCGUCUUCCUCUUCACUCGGCUAUUACCCCCCCCAAUCCGUCGCUUUAUACAAGUCUUCCCAUGAUUCCUGUGAAUUGACCUACGGUGGCCUGUUGCGUACGUGCUGAAGCCAUUAUGUUUUGUACGAAUGCUGGUUAAGAGUAACAACUGUAGAUUUUGACUUUUAAAGAUCCUCCUUUUUUUUUUUAUAUAUAAUUUUUUUUAAGCUUUAUCUGAAUGGCACUAUCCAGCCCAAAGUGUACUAAUUGAUUGUUUUGUUUUUUUUUGGUAUAUUUUCAAUGAGUUAUACUUUUUUGGAAGACGACUGGGUAAUCUAAAUUACCAUGGUCAGAGGCACCAUGUCAAUACAUCUACAGUGGUACCUCAACGUACGAGCGAAUCGAGUCGUUGGUUUAAAAAAAAAUAUAAUAAUUUGAGUUGCGAGCAAUUUGAAUGAUAGUUGGCGGCAGAGUUCGCCACACCAUCCACCCAGCAUCCCGUGUCUCGUUCACAAAUCAAAGCACACGUGUUACUCGUCGUAUAAACACUGGGGUUUAUGUUUAUCUGUCCACCCCACAACCCCCGUCCCCUUCAAGCUGAGACAUUCCUUUUUGUGAAGACUUGGAUGUGCAAUGUGAUGUCAUUAGAGGCCAGUUGGGCUUGGUUCAUUGACAAUGUCAAUAUUCAUGGCACAAAGAUGGCUGCCGCUUUGUCGUAUGCACUCCCCCCCCCAAGAGGAAACAAAGUGUCACAGCAGCACAAAGGGGUGGGGAUUGCAGUGACAAUUUAAAAUCCCCCCCGCCCCUUGCAUUUCUUCUACUUCCUGUUGCCGGUUUCCAAUGGGGGAAUCACAUACACGACUGUUUUGAGGGCCUUAGAUUGGGGGCUGUGCUGUAGCAGUAUUUAUGGAGCAAAGAAAAAAAAAAAACAGGACAUAGCACCAAAAUGACAAAGUGCCCUUUUAUGUUCUUAUCAAUCAUGCACUUUUUUUCCUUUCCUGUGUUCUUUCUGUACAAAAGACAAAAAUAUCAUUAUCGGAUCUAUCUUUUCUUCACAUUUGUUGACUGUAUUUGCUGCAAGUCUUAACUGAAAGUGAACCUAUCCAUGCACAAAAACACCCGAGCACUGAAAUGCGUUUUAUGAAAAUGAAGAUGGCAUGUUUGUAGCGCUUGUCUGCAGUUUCCCUAUAGUAAAUCUUAAAUGUUUUCAGCAAUGUUGAACAUUUAAUUUAGUUAUAUCCUCCUCAUAUCUUAGCACAGCCAUCUGAACUAUGCAUUCCGGGUGCAUACAAACCUCAAGAGCUUUAUUUGAGAAACGUGCAGAGUAUAAAGUGGAUACGGAAAGUAUUCAGACCCCUUAAAUGUUUCACUCGGUUAUAUUGCAGCCAUUUCGUAAAAUCAUCCCCCCCCAAUAUACACACAGGACCCCAUAUUGACAUAAAAAACGGAAUUGUUGAAUUUUUUGCAGACAAAAAAAAAAACAACUAUCACAAAGCCAUAAGUAUUCAGACCUUUUGGUGUGACACUCAUUUAACUGGUGCUGUCCAUUUCUUCUGAUCAUCCUUCAGAUGGUUCUACACCUUCAUUGGAGUCCAGCCCUAUUUGAUUAUACUGAUUGGACUUGAUUAGGAAAGUCACACACGUCUAUAUAAGACCUUACAGCUCACAGUGCAUGUCAGAGCAAAUGAGAAUCAUAAGGUCAAAGGAACUGCCUGAAGAGAUCAGAGACAGAAUUGUGGCAAGGCCGAGAUCUGGCCAAGGUUACAAAAAAAUUAUGCUACACUUAAGGUUCCUAAGAGCACAGUGGCCUCCAUAAUCCUUAAAUGGAAGACGUUUGGGACGACCAGAACCCUUCCUAGAGCUGGCCGUCCGGCCAAACUGAGCAAUUGGGGGAGAAGAGCCUUGGUGAGAGAGGUAAAGAAGAAUCCAAAGAUCACUGUGGCUGAGUGCCAGAGAUGAAGAUGGGAGAAAGUUCUAGAAAGUCAACCAUCACUGCAGCCCUCCACCAGCCGGGGUUUUAUGGCAGAGUGGCCUGACGGAAGCCUCUCCUCAGUGCAAGGCACAUGAAUGCGCUCAUGGAGUUUGAUUAAAAAACUUUUUUAAAAAACACUUGAAGGACUCCAAGAUGGUGAGGAAUAAGAUUCUCUGGUCUGAUGAGACCAAGAUAGAAAUUGUUGGCCUUAAUUCUAAGUGGCAUGUGUGGAGAAAACCAGGCACUCCUCAUCACCUGUCCAAUACAGUCCCAACAGUGAAGCAUGGUGGUGGCAGCAUCAUGCUGUGGGUGUGUUUUUCAGGUGCAGGGACAGAGAGACUGGUUGCAAUCGAAGAAAAGAUGAAUGCGGCCAAGUACAGGGAUAUCCUGGACGAAAACCUGCAGAGUGCUCAGGACCUCAGACUGGGCCGAAGGUUCACCUUCCAACAAGACAAUGACCCUAGGCACACAGCUAAAAUAACGAAGGAGUGGCUCCAGAACAACUCCGUGACUGUUCUUGAAUGGCCCAGCCAGAGCCCUGACUUAAACCCAAUUGAGCGUCUCUGGAGAGACCUGAAAAUAGCUGUACACCAACGUUCACCAUACAACCUAACAGAACUGGAGAGGAUCCCCAUAUCCAGGUGUGAAAAAUUUCCCAUCAGUCCCAAAAAGACUCAUGGCUGUAUUAGCUCAAAAGGGUGCUUCUACUAAAUACUGAGCAAAGGGUCUGAAUACCUAUGGCUGUGUGAUACUUCAGUUUUUCUUUUUUAAUAAAUCUGCAAAAAAUUCAAUAGUUUUUUUCUGGCAAUAUGGGGUGCUGUGUGUCCAUUAAUGAGGGAACUUAAAUGAUUUUAGCAAAUGGCUGCAAUAUAACAAAGUGAAAAAUUUAGGGGGAUCUGACUACUUUCCAUAAGCACUGUAUUUGUGACUUUAAUGUCUUGCUGUCACUCCAAAUUCAGCUCCAACAUGAAAAUAUAGGAAAUAGUUGAAGUUUGUUAAAAAUCACCUCUGUGUUUCUCCACCUGUGGAUUUAAAUCUCAAAUUUGCCUGAUUAAAAAAAGUUUUAAGCUUCAAUUUGGGCAGUUACAAAAUAUUUUCUUUCCCAAACUAAAUUUAGAUUUCAUUGUGUGUGGAGGUACUGACAUAAUUCAGCAAUUGUAAAUAAGAUCUGCAACGAUUGUACUUUAGUUUCAUAAAUCUGAUUGGUCUACACACCUGUAGAUAUGUGUUCGGAUGAUUUAUUAAAAGAUGGGAUUGAAAAUGA